UUUUGCUCCAGCCCCUUUCCCAGUCCCGGGAGGCCGCCGCGCCGUCCGCGCCGAGCGAGCCCCGCCCGGGCCCCAGCGCUGUGCGGGGCCGCGCACGACCCGGGCCCGCCGUCCAGCGCUCGCCGUGCUACCACGGCCGCCGCCGGGAGGGGAGGCGCGCGGCCUGUCGCCCGCAGGGCGGGUCCAGAGGGACCAUGACCUUGGACCCCCUCAGGAGAGGCUUUCUGAUGCUACUGAUGGCCUUGGGCCUGACCCAAGGCAACCCUGUGAAGCCCUCCCGGGCCCCGCUGGUGACCUGCACAUGUGAGAGCCCAAGCUGCAGGGCGCCCACGUGCCAGGGGGCCUGGUGCAUCGUCGUGCUGGUGCGGGAGGAGGGCGGACAGCCCCAGGAGCAUCGGGGCUGUGGGAGCCUGCACGAGGAGCUGUGCAGGGGGCGCCCCACCGACUUCGUCAACCACUACUGCUGCUACAGCCCCCUGUGCAACCACAACGUGUCUCUGACGCUUGAGGCCACCCAGACUCCUUCAGAACAGCCGAAAGUAGACAGCCAGCUGCCUCUGAUCCUGGGCCCUGUGCUGGCCCUGGUGGCCCUGGUGGCCCUGGCUGCCCUGGGCCUGUGGCAUGGCCGGCGGAGACGGGAGAAGCAGAGGGGUCUGCACAGCGAGUUGGGCGAGUCCAGCCUCAUCCUGAAGACGUCGGACCAGGGGGACAGCAUGCUGGGGGAUCUCCUGGACAGUGACGGCACCACGGGCAGUGGCUCAGGACUGCCCUUCCUGGUGCAGAGGACAGUGGCGCGGCAGGUAGCACUGGUGGAGUGUGUAGGGAAGGGCCGCUACGGUGAGGUGUGGCGUGGCCUGUGGCAUGGUGAGAGCGUGGCCAUCAAGAUCUUCUCUUCAAGGGAUGAACAGUCUUGGUUCCGGGAGACGGAGAUCUAUAAUACGGUGCUGCUCAGACACGACAACAUUCUAGGCUUUAUCGCCUCGGACAUGACUUCCCGCAACUCAAGCACGCAGCUGUGGCUCAUCACACACUACCACGAGCACGGGUCGCUCUACGACUUUCUGCAGAGGCAGACGCUGGAGCCCCAGCUGGCCCUGAGGCUGGCUGUAUCGGCCGCCUGCGGCCUGGCGCACUUGCACGUGGAGAUCUUCGGCACGCAGGGCAAACCAGCCAUCGCCCACCGAGACCUCAAAAGCCGCAAUGUGUUGGUCAAGAGCAACCUCCAGUGUUGCAUUGCUGACUUGGGCCUGGCUGUGAUGCACUCCCAGGGUAGUGAUUACCUGGACAUCGGAAACAACCCACGAGUGGGCACCAAGCGGUACAUGGCCCCGGAGGUGCUGGAAGAGCAGAUCCGCACCGACUGCUUCGAGUCCUACAAGUGGACAGACAUCUGGGCCUUCGGCCUGGUGCUGUGGGAGAUCGCCCGUCGGACCAUUGUCAAUGGCAUCGUGGAGGAUUACAGGCCACCCUUCUAUGAUGUGGUGCCCAAUGACCCCAGCUUUGAAGACAUGAAGAAGGUGGUGUGUGUCGAUCAGCAAACCCCCACCAUCCCCAACCGGCUGGCCGCAGACCCGGUCCUCUCAGGCCUGGCUCAGAUGAUGAGGGAGUGCUGGUACCCCAACCCUUCUGCCCGCCUCACGGCCCUGCGGAUCAAGAAGACACUACAGAAACUCAGCAACAGUCUCGAGAAGCCCAAAGGGAUUCACUAGCCGCAGGCCUGAAGCCUGACUCCCCGGUGCCUGCAGAGCGUGUGGGGUGGGUGCCAGACGGUGCCCUAUCUGGGUAGGGGUGGUGUGAGUAUGCGUGCUGGGGAGGAGGGUGCCCCUCUAUGGGCUGCUCUGCCCGCCUGCCGGCUCAUCUGGCCAAAAAUACAGCUGGGCUGAAACCCGAUCCCCCGCCGUCUGGGCUGCUCAGAGCAGCAGGCUCCCUGACGCCUGGCACCCUCCCCACCCUCACGCCCCGGGGGCGCAGCCCCUACAGUCCCCAGGACAGGAUGCAAACGAGGCCCCAGAGCCAGGGUGGCCUGGCCAGGGAAUCCCAGCCCGGGGCCCAGAGCCGAGGCCUGCACUUUACCCCUGCCCUCAGUUAACCCCCACCGGACCUGCCCGGGUGACACGGGGCCUUGUCCAGUCUUCAGCAGACUCCCUACCUGCCAGGCCUCAGCCCCUGGCAUAAGCCCGACACCCAGGGCCUGUCAUUUUCUUUGCAUGGGUUUCUCUCAGCUCUAUGAGGCCGGGGGCCUCUGUCUCCGGGACGAGACCCCAGCAGCUGAGCGCCAGCCGCCUUGGGGAGCUGGGGCCUGAGGCGCGGCCCCUCCCCCUCCCCCGUCCUAGCUGACUUAUUAGGGUCUACACCCUGGGAGUCCUGCUGCAGGUGUGGCAGGAUCAGAGGACAGUGGAGAGGUAGCAGGUCAGACAGCGGAGGCCCCGGGCUUUGAGAAGCCAAGCACAGCUGGGAGUCAGGAGACCCAGCUUCUGGUCCUAGGUAAUUGGUCUACGUGACACGAAUGAGGCCUUCACUGUCCCACAGUCCUGACGUCCUCUGACGUUUCUCUGAAAUUUCAGCCCGUGGCAGAUCUCAGUUCAUCGGUCCCUUCUGCUUCUUUUGCCCCAGCCCCUGGCGAAGUCCCCAGAUGGGGACUUGAAAAAACUUUUUUCCGCCGUCAGGGGUGCCUGAAAGGCCUCCUAGACUGUUCUACAAGCUCCAGUUCCUGCCUUAACUCAGACCAGCGGCCAUCCUUGGGCUCGGACGACCCCAGGCCUUGGGGCAGGCAAGCCAGCCACUCAUCCCACUCUGUGGCUCAGUCUUCUCCGUCCAGGACCGAGAAGGGCUGAGGGCCGGCUUCCCACAGGGUCUCCAGGGCUCAUAAGAAAUUUGGCUCCAGCCAGCAAGCCUCCAGCACCCAGGUUGCUGCUCUCCACUGGCCCCUGGCCCGGGCCCACACUCUUGGCCAGGUCCCUAGACAGUGUGUCUCUAGGUAGAAGCUGGUGGCUGUGGAGAAACACACGGAACGUUCAGCAUCUGGCAACAUCAAGGGUGUAUGUCCAUGCAAUGAAGACACGACCCCAAAGCCUGGGCGGGUGCAUGGGAAGUAAGGCCUGAGGUUUGCGGGGUGGAGGGGGCUCACGCUAGGGACAAGGAUGGCCCCAAGCUCAGAAGACCUGGCCUUUCAGCCCUUAGUGCAGGGUGCAGAAGGACCCACCAUCCUCCACAGGAGGUGACAGAAACACCGACUCCUCCCCUCCUGCUGCAAAUGACCCAGCGCCCCGCCUCCCUUCCCCCCCCGCCUCCCCCCCCCCCACUCCUGGGAGGCUUGCGUGCACCCUGGCAUUUUCCCAGGCCUGGCUCCCCGAGUUGUGCAAGGGAGGAGAAGCAGGAAGUGAAACUGGGUGAAAACAGAAAGUGAGAGGGACCUGUUAUGUUCCCAGAUGAUCACAGGGCAGUUUGCUUCCUGGUAGCUUCGUGUUUUCUGGUCAUUGGACCCACUCAGCCCAGGACUCAGUCCUUUCUGUGACAGAUUUUAUCUCUGCUGGAUUUGGGGGCAAAGAGGCUCCUUCUGGAAGACUCCAAAGCCAGAAACCAAAGGCAGCUCUCCAGAGGCUGGAAAAUGCCCGAGGGAGGGAAGGUCUGAGGCGGGAGGUGGAGUGACAGGGGCCGCUAAGAGAACGGCUGGUGGCCUGGGAAGGAAGGAGGCCUUGGUGCCUCUGUCCGAGUGCAGGAAGGUGUGCCAGGGCCCAAAUUACAGCCUCUUACCUGGAGAUACUGCUUGUGGGAGCACUCAGCUUGUGCUUAGCACACAGUAGGUCCUCAAUAAACCAUGGUCCAAUCUCGAGCUCCUGCUGAGUCUUGCUAAGCUGGUGCCUGGGCAGUGGCUCGUCUUCAGAGGGGACCAGAAGGGACAGGGAAGUAGCGGGGUCCUGAGUAUCAUGCCCGGUCUUUGCCCCUCAUGGACAAGUCACAUUUCGCGCAGGGACACCCCCUGGCCCCCACCUCUGUCCGAGGCCCAAAUAUCAGUUCUGUCCCUGAACAGACAGAUCGAGGCUCCCGCCACACCGCCCUCUGCUGGCCGAGGGCUGCCAGGCGGCCGCCGCCCUCUCUGUCCGCUCCGCCCCGCCCCGCCCCGCCCCUGCGCUCGGACCCGAGGGCCCUUUCCUGGGCUGGACGGCCUCCGGCGCUCACGUUCGUGAGCUGCCCCAGGUCUCGAUCUCCAGGGACUGUCUCCUGAAAACCUAGGAAGGAGCUUUACUGUGUCUUCUCUCAGAGGCAGCUUGGACCCGUCUGCCUCGAUUUUCUCUGUUCUCAAUUCCCUCCCCAAAUAGGGCCCCCACCUUGCCUGGAGUCAGCCCUCAUCCCUGGAAUGGUAAAAGGAGUUCAUUCUCCUCGGGGACCCAUCUUGGCCUCCUGGGCUUAGAAAACACCUCCCUCCACCCCCAGCCCCGGGGCAUUGCGGGCAAAGACGUGACAUGUGAGAGAAAGGUACUGAAAGAAGUAGGGAAGGGACUCGUCGGACUUCCCAGCCCAGAACAUCUGUGCCUUUGUAUCAGAGGCCCUGUUAGGGAACCACAGAAAGGGUACCCUAAUUCUGUCUCAGAGGACCGACCCUAUGCCCUGAGGCCCCCAAGUCGGCCUCGUGCUUGGUGCCUUGGUGUCCAUGGAGCUCCCCCCACCAGACUGUGCCCUCCUUCCUCCCCAGAAGGCCUCUUAGACCAGCUUUGUGGAAAUUGGAGCGUUCCUGGCAUCGCGCAAAGGCAGCCUCUCCCCUCCCUCUGUGCCCUCUGGACCCGGUCCUUCCAUCCGCACCCUGAUGUCCACACUGCAGUUGGAUAUGGUUGCGGUAGGACUAAGGAGAAUUGGCUCAUUGCCCUCCAGGGGUAGAAGAGUCCUUGGGAGGUCACCAUGCCCUUGGGAGGUCCCACGUAGAGCCUAGGGAACCUGCCUGCCCAUGGAAGAAAAUCAUCCAUUGACUUCUUGGCAGUUUUGCCCUAUUUUCCUGGGGGGACCCCAAACUCUGAUUUCCUUGCCUGUGCGAAGAGGGAGAGGAUCGUCAGUGUAAUAAGGACCCUCCCUAGGGGUGAUGAGAGUCUGUAAGUGCCCAGGUGGGCGUGAGGAUGGUCUCUAAUGCACGGGCUUUGAAGCUGAGGGCCACCCUUCCCCUGCCAAGGCCUCGAGGUACCCAGGCCCUCAAGGACAAUUCUCUGUUCCUCCCAGUCACCCAUCUCCCUCCGGCCCACCCCACAUCGCCUUCAAGGAGGGUGCUCUGCUCUCUCCAAGCCCUCACCCACGUCAAGAUUAACAGACCGAGACACGGCAGUCCUCGUGUGUGAAAGAGCCAGCCCUGGGGCUGCAGCGGAGGGGUGCAUAUCCUAGUCCAGUCUCCGAGGGUGGGGACUGAUGCGAACUGCAGUCGUCACUCUAGGUGGGCGACUCUUGGCAGGAGCUGCUAACACCAGGGCCACAGUCAGUUUGCUAGAAAUAGAGACAGAGGGCUUCUUGACUUCGCAUAUAAUUUGCAUAAUGUCAUAGACACACAGUCUAUUUUCAGGCAGAUCUCAGGUUAAAGUGUUGUCACUGCUGCCCUGCGGGGUGUCACGUCUGGAUGAGUCUCUUCUCUGUUCUUUCUCACCCACCCACUCUUACUGACCUAGAUCCCAACUGCAGGAGCGAGUGGCGAGGUGAGGGGGAAGAGUGGGGUUGUCCGGGGCAAGAGGCGCCCUGGAAUCUCCCAAAGCAGAGUGGGGCCGCGCAAGGGCAACCAGCAGGCAAGGAAUGCGAAGCAAGGUGGCCCACGCUGUGCUCUGCAGAAACCUUUCCUGUCUCUCCUCACCAGGGGAACAGCCAGUUCUCAUACCCUCGAUUCAGGCUUCUGCCAGUCUGAAGACGUCUGGAUAAACCUGUUCCUCUGAGCCACCCAUAAAGCCUUGCUUGGCCCACA